AUAGGUGUAUAAAUAGGAUCCUCCAUUCCGUCCUGUGUCGUAGCCAGUCUGCCUCAACCAGCUCGAAUAUAGCUCUUUGACGAAGUCUAUACCAUAUAACCAGGGCCAUGUACUUCGUCAACAGCAUUUCCCUUCUGCCCCUUGUGGCCUUCAUCGCAUCCGUGACAGCCGCCCCACUCCUCACGGAACGUGAAGCGCUCGCGGCCACAACAUGCGGGUCAACUUACUACACUGCCACCCAAGUAAACCAAGCUGCUCAGAAGGCGUGUAGCUACUACACCUCCGGCGAUGCUCCCGGAGGCUACCCGCACACGUAUAACAACUAUGAGGGUUUCUCGUUUGCGGUAGCCGGGCCUUAUCUCGAGUUCCCGAUGUUGACGAGCGGCGUGUACACCGGCGGAUCCCCCGGAGCUGACCGAGUCGUCAUCAACACCUCCUGCAAGCUCGCAGGUGAAAUCACCCAUACCGGGGCUAGCGGUAACAACUUCGUCGGCUGCUCGGGGACGUCUUAGCCAGAUGGCCGUCGAAUUGGUGUUAUAGGGAUCGAUGGCUUAUUAUAAGUCGAGAGACCCAUGAAUAAGUCGUAUUCCAGACAUAAUACAAUGUAUAUGAAUAGUCUAAAUCAUGAUUUAGUGUGCUCUUAAAUAUUCAGUGCCUUGUCCAUAAAUUUUACGGAACAUUCCUU